UGCUCCAUCAGUGAGUGUGUUUUCCUGCCUCUGGCUUCACUCGCCCCGUGCUCCUGAUUAUUUUUAAGCUGUCGAGGCUGGCGGUGAAAUCCAGGUCAUCUCCGCCGGAUCACAGCCAGCGCGGCUCGGGCUUCUGCUCUCCGCGGACUCACAGUGCCAUUUCCUGAUUCCACUCUGCAGAGUGAGCUUGCGGUCUGAAGGAUGAGGUUGGGCGAAUUGAUUAGCACGCGGCUACGCUGAGAAGAGUUUAUCCACCCAGGACGAGCGACAGAAACUACACAUUCCCUCCCAGAAUCAGCUAUCAAACAUCUUCUCUGAAUCAAGUACCUGUCUGGAUCUUUCCUCGCUCGCUCACACAGCUAUGGCUGGCUGGCUUUGGCUGGGAGGAUAAUCGGUGCUCUGGUUCCUGCUGAAUAGAGCCCUAGUCUCACUAAAAUUUUUAGCCCCCCUCCACCUUUCUUAGUUUAUUUGCUCUUUUGUGAAGGGCAGCGGCCGGAGCCAUGGACUUAUGAGAUGAGAAUGGCAGCACGGUGGCUGUUUGGCCCCCAGGAGCCCUCAGGCAAACGGAGCCAAUAACCUGGGUGCACAAUCACACUCAUACGGGCCGAGCGGCUGGAGCAGUAUGCAGGAGGCUGACCUACCGGCCACCAAUGCUUUCACAGAGUGCAGAUUCCUGUGCACUAACGGCAGAUGUCUGAACCUGGGCUCGCAGGUCUGUGAUCAACUCAACCACUGUGGAGACAACAGUGAUGAGGAGCACUGUCCCCUCUCCACCCAGCAUCCUGCAUCUGCCAUCUUCAGCUCUGAACUGGAGUUUGUGCAGAUCGUGAUCAUAAUCGUCGUGAUGACUGUGAUGGUCGUGGUGGUCGUGUGCCUGCUCAACCAUUACAAACUCACCACAUGGUCGUUCCUGAGCCGCGCUAGUCAGGCACAGAGUCAGGACCUCUCUCUUCAGCCGGAGGGUUCUCUGUGGCCAUCAGAUAAUGGGCUGAGACAUGGAGCAUCUGAGGUGGUGUAUGCUCCUCAGCCAAGGGACCGCUUCACCGCACCCACUUUCAUGCAGCAAAACCGCUUCAGACGUUUCCAGCCUACAUACCCAUACCUGCAGCAUGAGAUCGAUCUGCCACCCACCAUCUCGCUGUCGGACGGAGAGGAGCCACCACCGUACCAGGGUCCCUGCACACUGCAGCUUAGAGACCCCGAACAGCAGCUCGAGCUUAACCGAGAGUCGGUACGCGCCCCGCCGAACCGGACCAUCUUUGACAGCGACCUCAUUGACAUGCACAGUUCAGGAGGUGGUGGUGGGCCGCGGCCUCCCAGUAGCAACUCUGGGAUCAGCGCGGCCAGCUCCAGUACCCAUGGACACAUGGAGGGCCCUCCGCCCGCUUACAGUCAAGUAUUUGGGCAGCAGUCGGGCGUCGUACUUUACCUCCACCAGCACAGCAAUAACCCGCCCAUCCCCGUCACUGUGCAGACUCCUCCCAGGGGCCGGACGGAUUUAAACGGCACAGAGAGCACAAUAGCACUGAGCAAUGGCCAACAAAGGGAGGAGCUAGUGUGAGGGGGUGGAGCUAGCACACGUUUAGGCAAUUGCGAUCACUUUCCACCCAUAAAGGGAACAGGUUCUCCCUCUUGACACUCCCGUGCACAACAGAGCUUGAUGUUUUCGCGAAGAAAGUAAAACCAGGUGUUGUUUUGUUUUUAAAUAACCAUAUGGAGCUGAGCUUACGAAAGAAAACAUUGCAUUUGUUUUCUAAGACCAGCUGCAUUAAAACUGGGGUUUAUGCACUGCCUGGAGUCUCCCACCUUUAUUGCUCUGUAUUACUUCUGUAUAGCCGACAAAUUUAGAGAAAUUUAUUCGCGCACAAGACAGGCUUUUUGAUGUUGUUGUUCUUGUUGGUUUUAUUGUAUUCCUCUUGAAUGCCCCCCUCCUGCCCAACCCACACGAGAUAUACUAGCUGUGUGGAUUUUGUUUUUCUUUUAUUAUUUAAAGACCGAGAUCUGUGCAGCAUGAACAAAACAAAUGCGAAAAAGGGUUCAAAUCCAAAUCCUAGUGCCAAGGUUUUUGCAGAAGGUGUCAUGGGGCGUUGACUGUCUUAAAGACUUGUUAUACAUUUAAAUCAAAACCCUUUUCUGAACUUUGCACUAUUGUUGAUGUUAAUCAGAGAAAUCUGGGAAUGGGGUAGUGGGGAGGAGGGGUGAUAUAUGUGUUUACUGUUUGUACUGUCGUUUUCGUGUAGCUCCGAUCAUAUGCUUCAGUGCGAGCUUUCUACCGGAGGGAUGCGAUCUUGUCUGUCUUCAGCACAAGAAAAAUCUCGGAUCCAGCCUAAAAUAACCUUGAUCUAAAAGAGGCACAGAAUACAGAGAGUCUGCUCUACUCUCAUCUAUCCUCACCACUGACACUUUCGGCCGCUUUCACAGACUCCAGCUGAUCUGAGGUCAGUUGGCUGCUGGCACGUUGGACAUUUUGCCUAAAAUAUCCUCGCUUCAUUAAGAGAUCUGAACAGGUUUGACAUGUUAUGAGGUGUGCUUUUACCAAGAAGUUUUCCAACCUUAUUCUCAUCAUUUGCUUUUUUUUUUUUUUUAUAUAUAUUCUAUAUUGAUUUUUAAAUGUGUAUAUAAAGGGAGAAAACAAUAAGACAUAAAUAAUGUUAUUUUCUUAAAGGCAUUAGCAAGAAACUAUUAUAUUAUCUUAAAUAAGAUUACAUUAUAUACUUUUAUUAUGGGUUUUAACUGAUUUUUUUUCCUCAUUGGAGUCGGUCAAAAGAAAAAUUAUGAUUUUAAGUUUACCAUUUCAUGCCUUUUUGCACUUUUGUUUUUGAGUCAAAACUGAUCACCCAAAUGAUCCUUUAAAAUAAUCCAGAACUGUAUUUUUUUUUUUUUUUUUUUUUUUUACAUAACCCAUCAGUCACUAAUUGUUCAGUUUCCACCUCCACCUUACAGCUGAUACCAGAACAUAGACAUUCAUUGGCUAAAUCUUCUAAUCAAAAUGCCAGUGUGUUCAAAGGAUUUUAAAACCCUUGUUUUGCAUGUUGUAUAAUCUAGUCCCCGACAAGAAUUAAUCAGGUUUAAAAUGUGGUGAAGUCAAGGGCUAAUGUGAUGGGCAUUUUUUGAAAAUACCUAUUUUUACCCAGCAAUCUUCUGUCCUGUUGCCUUUGCUUUCAUUCUGACACCGGCCAGAGUGAACCUGACCCUGACACCAGCUCAUGCCCAGCACGCACCAGUCCUGAAAACUGAACACUCUUCCGGUCCAUGUGUUCCUCUUAUUUGCCACGUAGACAUACAAUCAGAAAAUCUUAGAUCCGUACACUUCAGAGCGGCUCUCUGCAUUCAGUUUAAGCUUGGGUGUAGUUGAUCACAAUCGUUGAGGCUAGAUAUAGGAUGUUGCUCUUGAAUCUGGUCCGGAGGUAGAGAGCUAAUUUAGAAAAAGCCCAAAGACUCUUACCAGUUAGUGCACACACAUCCCUUUAAUAAGGAGACUGAAGACUGAGCCCGUUUUUAGUCGCCACUGAAUCCGUCAAUGACAGAUGGACAUGUGAAAGGGCCAUGAUGAUUUAAUUUUUUUUUAAUGCUUUUAAGUUUAGAUUUGUUCAAUGGGGAUUAUGGUCAAAAAAAGUUUUCAAAAGCAACACACUCACCUUUAUAAGCUACUCUAUUUGUACUCUGAAUGUUAGAGUCAGCCAAUCAAAAUGUGUUUGAAUGCUUUUAUUUCAUGUCUGUGUUAGUUUUCACUACUUUUUUUUUUUUUAAUGGACUGGAAUGAUGCCACCUAGACAUAUGUGCUCUAUACCAGACUAAACAAAUACUCUCCUCUUCUAUAUUUAGAAUAGUAGAACCAAAACAACUGGACUUAAUUUGGAAUUUAAAUUCUAGCUGUUUCAACCUCUGGCAAAAAUGUUGUAAUAACCACACUUAGAAGACAUUUCCACAGAUCUUUUUUUUUUUUUUUUUAAUGUAUUUAUUUUUACUUUAUGGCAAAUAAACGAAUAGCUGAA